AUGGCAAAUCAGACAGAGGUUAAGGAGAUCAUUCUAGUAGGGUUUCCCGGACUUAAAGUAGAAUUCUACAUUCCGGUCACCCUUGUAUUGCUUCUGAUCUACAUGGCUUCUCUGUCUGCCAAUGGUACAGUCAUCAGUCUGGUCAUCAUGAAGAAACGUUUACACAAACCUAUGUACGUCAUCAUAGCUAACCUGGCAUUCGCCGACCUCCUUUUUGACACCGUAACGCUACCGAAACUCAUUGCCAAGUACUGGUUUGGCUCAACCAUGACUUUUCCGGAAUGCCUUCUUCAAAUGUUCCUCGUCCACUUCCUGAACACCACCGACUCCUACAUCUUCGUGCUCAUGGCUGUUGACCGCUACUUCGCCAUCUGCAAGCCCCUGCGAUACCCCACGAUCAUCACCAGCAGAGUGGUCGCCAUGUCUUGUUGUACCUGCUGGGUGGUAGCAAGCAGUACUGCUCUGACGGCUCUGGUGAUGAACUCGCAGGCGCCUCCUUGCGGUUACAACAAAAUCAACACCAUAAUGUGCACCAACAUAGCGGUCACGGCGCUGGCCUGCAAGGACGUCUCCCUCAUCAAGAAGACGACUUUUGUCUUUGCCAUGUUUAUACAAUUUGUGCCUUUAAGUUUAAUCACGUUGUCAUAUAUCAUCAUCAUCAAUAUCAUCCGUCUGUCGGCCAGCUCCGAGACCUGGCGGAAGGCUUUUUACACCUGUUCCACGCAUCUCUUUGCAGUGACUGUGCAUUACGCCCCGCGAGUCUUAGUGUACACGGCCAACGAGGUCGGACUGGUUUUAAAUGCAGACGUAGGCGUAUUUGUCCUUUGUCUAUACUCUUAUGUACCACAUAUAUCCAACCCCAUUAUAUACUGUCUCAGAAACAAGGACAUAAAAGAGACAUUUAUGAAUUCUGCUGCAAGGUUUAUGAGUCACAGAGUGAAGAGUAAUUUCCUGCCUAACACAGUCACUAAAUAA